CAAGGUGGCCAUCAAGGUGCUGGAUAAGAUGCGGCUGGAUGUUCAGGCCCAGAGGCUGCUCUCCAGGGAGAUCUCCAGCAUGGAGGCCCUGCAGCAUGCCAAUGUGGUGCGUCUGUACGAGGUGGUGGAGUCACACACCCGACUCUACCUGGUGCUGGAGUAUGCCGGGGGAGGGGACCUCCACACACACAUCUGCUCCGAUGGCAAGCUGUCAGAAGCCGAGGCCAAGAUCACCUUCGCACAAAUCCUAUCCGCCAUCAAACACAUGCACGAGAAAAACAUAAUCCACCGGGACCUGAAGGCUGAGAAUGUACUGUACACCUGUAAUGGCUGUGUGAAGGUGGCUGACUUUGGCUUCAGCACCAGGGUCACCAACUGCAGUGACACCCUGGACACCUUUUGUGGCUCUCCCCCCUAUGCCGCGCCUGAACUCUUCAGGGACGAGUGCUAUGUGGGGCCGCCAGUGGAUGUAUGGGCCAUGGGCGUCCUGCUCUUCUUCAUGGUGACUGGCACCAUGCCCUUCCGAGCCGAAACCAUGGGCAAGCUGAGGCUCGCUGUUAUAGAAGGAGUCUACACCCUCCCACCCUGGGUGCCAGGCCCAUGCCAGAGGCUGAUUCGGGGCAUCCUGAAGCCUGUGCCAGUGGAACGCUAUGCGGUGGACCAGAUGCUGGGCUGUGACUGGCUGCUUCCUGUGGAAUACCCGUGGACUGUGGUGCCACCGGUCCCCCUCAACCCUCUGCGCCUGGCGGAUGCAGAGCCUGGGGAGCUGGAUGAUGAGGAGGAGGAGAUCAGGGCCUCCCUGGAGGAGCUGGGUGUCAACAUGGAACACAUACGCAACAAUGAGGGCAAGGACAGCCGCAGCCCCAUCACCGGACUUUACCGCAUCCUCUUACACCGUGCCCAGAAAAGGCGUGGCGCUGAGACUGUGCCUGUGGUCGGAGGGUUGGUCCGGGACCCUAAAAGAGAGGGCCUCCGAGCUUACAGAAGUCUGAUGCACUCCUCCAGGUUAUGUGUCCUUCAGUAAGUGACCAGCCUGGACGUGGGUCCUUGUAAGCCUGCUUUAAUCCAUUGAAAAUUCACUCAGGGUCAUACAGCUACAAAUGUUUUAUUGCACUUUGGGAUGAAAGUGAAAAUGUGUUUUGUGUGAAUGUCACACAGGACCCUCUGUAGAUGAACAGUUGUGGUAACACACAGAUACUGAAACAUUGGACUGCUGGUCAUGAUGUCUCUAACAAAGUAAGAUUGUUAUUGGUAAUCUUUUGUGAAGCUGAAAUAGAGGUGUAAAAGUGCCUGAUGAAAUAAUGAGUCCCAUCAAAAUGAAUUUAAGAAGCACCCUUUUUAGUAUAGAAGUGAUACUUAUGGGGGCCUCCCGGGUGAUGCAAUGGUUAAGGGCACUGUACUGCAGCACUAGCUGUGCCACCAGAGACCCUGGGUUCGCGCCCAGGCUCUGUCGUAACCGGCCGCGACCGGGAGGUCCGUGGGGCAACGCACAAUUGGCCUAGCGUCGUCCGGGUUAGGGAGGGUUUGGCCGGUAGGGAAAUCCUUGUCUCAUCGCGCACCAGCGACUCCUGUGGCGGGCCGGGCGCAGUGCGCGCUAACCAAGGUUGCCAGGUGCACGGUGUUUCCUCCGACACAUUGGUGCGGCUGGCUUCCGGGUUGGAUGGCGCUGUGUUAAGAAGCAGUGCGGCUUGGUUGGGUUGUGUAUCGGAGGACGCAUGACUUUCAACCUUCAUCUCUCCCGAACCCGUACGGGAGUUGUAGCGAUGAGACAAGAUAGUAGCUACUAAACAAUUGGAGACCACGAAAUUGGGGAGAAAAAGGGGUCAAAAUUCCACACACAAAAAAAAAAGAAGUGAUACUUAUAUACUUUUAUUCAUAGCACAAUAGAGCGCAUGAAAUAUGAAGAAUGUGCUGAAAGAGCAUUGCUUUUAGACAACUCCUUGGUUGUUUGAUGAAACAUCGAUAGUCUCUGAAAUCGGUAUGCUUGUUUGUCUUCGUGAUUUUUCUUGCCCUUAGAGAAGACUGAUUUUGUGCAGGUGAUUGUCUCUGUAUUAUAUUCGACCACCAAAUGGAACUUUUACCAUUGUGACUUAUUGAUGCUCGAAAUAAAGCGCAAUAAAGACUUAGUUGACA